ACAAUAUAAUAUAUUUAUAAGGGCGGUAUUCAAAAUUGGUAAUUGACGCCGCCAGAGGGCCCUCUACGCUCGUUUCUUCCUCUCGCGAGACUUGCAGCUCCUCGUGAGUUAGUGUGCGCUCCCGUUACCGGCUCCUGUGUUAGCAACUUAGCAUUAGCACUCGGUUACCAGUCUGACUCUGUACCUGUCUUGUCUCUCGUCAAAAUGUCUCACGCCAUCCCGAGCAACAAGCCGUCCAACCACGAAAACCCGCGGGUCUUCUUUGACGUUGACAUCGGCGGAGAGAGAGCGGGCCGACUCGUUCUGGAGCUGUUCGCCGACGUCACGCCCAGAACAGCGGAGAACUUCCGCGCUCUCUGCACCGGGGAGAAGGGCGAGGGGAAGGCCACCGGGAAGCCGCUGCACUUCAAGGCCUGCCCCUUCCACCGCAUCAUCAAGAGCUUCAUGAUCCAGGGAGGGGAUUUCUCCAACCAGGACGGGACGGGGGGCGAGAGCAUAUACGGAGAGAAGUUUGAAGAUGAGAACUUCCACUACAAGCACGACCGGGUGGGUCUCCUCAGCAUGGCCAACGCGGGGCCCAACACCAACGGCUCCCAGUUCUUCAUCACCACGGUGGCCACGCCCCACCUGGAUGGGAAGCACGUGGUGUUCGGCCAGGUGCUGCGUGGCCUGGGCCUCGUCAAGACCCUGGAGGCCACGGAGACCAGGGAAGACACGCCCGUCAAGCCGUGCGUCAUCGCAGACUGCGGUGAGCACCGGGACGGGGACGACUGGGGCGUGUCUCAGAGCGACGGCUCCGGCGACGCCCACCCAGAGUUCCCAGAGGACUCCGAGGUGGACUUCAAAGACGUGGACAAGGUGCUCGCCGUGGCCGAAGACAUCAAAAACAUCGGAAACACCUUCUUCAAGAAGCAGGACUGGGCCUCGGCCACCAGGAAGUACUCCAAGGCCCUGAGGUACCUGGAGGUGAGCGGGGAGGUGGUGGAGGAGGACGAGGAGCUGCAGAGGAAGCUGGAGCCCACCGCGCUGAGCUGCACCCUCAACAAGGCCGCCUGCCAGCUGAAGCUCUGCCUCUGGCAGGAGGCACUGGACAGCUGCAACCAGGUGCUGGAGCUGAACGAGUCCAACACCAAAGCUCUGUUCCGCCGGGCCCAGGCUUGGCAGGGCCUCAAGGACCUGGACAAGGCCAUGGCGGAUCUGAAGAAAGCUCAGGAGAUAUCUCCUCAAGACAAAGCGAUCGCGGGCGAGAUGAAGAGAGUCCAGAUCAGCGUGAAGGAAGAGAAGGAGAAGGAGAAGAAGAUCUAUGCCAAGAUGUUUGCAUGAACCUCUCACCCCUUCAACUGCGUGGAGGUGUCUGAACUUCACCCCUUCAUCUUUGUGGAGAGGAAGUUAACCUCUUCACCUGUGGAGGAGUCUGACCUGGUGUGUACCUGCGGUGCUUAAUUUAUUCCUGUGGUGUUCAGCCCUCCCCUACUGUAUUGUUUUCUACAUGAGUUCACUGACGUGUUCUCCGCGCCAAAGGGACUCGUGAAAUAAACCAUCAGCCUCA